AUGAUGCUCCCGCACACUGCGAUCAACCUGCGUGAGCGCAAGCGCAACAAGCUAAAGGACUUUCUGGUGAUGGCAGGACCUUUGGGCAUCUCGCAGCUGAUGAUUUUCAGUCAGAACGAAGAGACAGGCUCCACACAGCUACGGUUUGCAGUGAUGCCAAAGGGGCCAACCAUCAAUUUCCGGAUCCAGGAGUACUCGCUUUGCAAAGACGUUGCGCGGAACCAGAAGCUGCCGAAAAGUGUGAGCAAGUCGGGCCCGGAGUUUCUGAAUCCGCCGCUGCUUGUUUUAAGCGGAUUCAGAAACCCUAAAGACGCUGAUCAGCACGAAAAGCUCGUGGUGACCAUGUUCCAGAACAUGUUCCCACCCAUUUCGCCCCAGAACACCAAAGUCGGCACCAUCAAGCGGGUGCUGCUGCUGCACAGAGAUAACAAGACCGGUCUUAUCGAGCUUCGCCAUUACGUAAUCGACACGAAGCUGGUUGACGUUAGCAAGAACGUGAAGAAGCUGGUGAAGGUGCAUCAGAAGACGAACAAGAAGCUGCCGGAUCUUUCGCGCGUGGACGACGUUGCGGACAUUAUACUGGACCCGUAUGCGCAGGCCGGGUUCACGUCUGAUUCGGAGGUGGAGGACGACGCCGUGGUGGAGGUGAAGGAGGAGGUUGCAGUGAAGGCCAAAGGUGCUGCCGAGGAGUCUGGCAAGCGCAAGAAGGCGGUGAAGUUGACGGAGAUCGGGCCGCGGUUGAAGCUGGAGCUUGUGAAGAUCGAGGAAGGCGUUUGUUCGGGCAAGGUGUUGUACCAUUCGCGGAUCCAAAAGAGCGUCAAGGAGAUGAACAAGUUGGAUCAGGUCCACGCUGUUCGCCGGAAAGAGAAGGAAAAGAGACGCAGAGAGCAGGAGGAGAACAUCAAGCGCAAGAAGCAGAAGAAGGUGAAGAUCGACGGCGAGGAGAGCGACGACAGCGAGGAGCUGGACGUUUCGGACGAUUACAGCGACUUUGAGUAG